GGCCACGGACGUGCAAACGGUUGCCCAGAGACUGAAGUUCAGGCUGAAUCUCUAUGAGCUGAAGGAAGGCAGGCAGAUCAAACCUCAGACUUUUAUGAGCAUGGUUUCCAAUCUGCUCUACGAGAGACGGUUUGGACCUUACUACACAGAACCAGUCAUUGCUGGGCUGGACCCCAUAACACACGAACCUUUCAUCUGCUCUCUAGACCUGAUCGGCUGCCCGAUGAUAACCGAUGACUUUGUAGUCAGCGGCACCUGCUCCGAGCAGAUGUACGGCAUGUGCGAGUCCCUCUGGGAGCCCGACAUGGAACCCGAUCACCUCUUCGAAACGAUCUCGCAGGCCAUGUUGAAUGCGGUGGACAGAGAUGCCAUAUCUGGAAUGGGUGUGGUAGUACACAUAAUUGAAAAAGACAAGAUCACCACCAGGACCCUGAAAGCUCGCAUGGACUAGCCCAGCACAUCUGCUCAUGUGUUUCACAUCCCAGUCUGCUUGGAACUUUUUUAAAUAAAACUCUCUGCUGUAAUGAA